UACCCGGAUGUAUUUGUAAUAUUCCGAACAUGGCUGGUUGGUUACUCGCGUCAAUGACGCUGUCUCGUCAUUUCAUCAAAACAGAGUCUGUCUCCAUCUGCUUGUGAAUAGUUACAUGUUUUCUACGCCAAUAUGGCAACCAGGUGGGGAAUCUGUAGCGCCGGGAAAAUCAGCCAUGAUUUCACAGUGGCACUGAAAACCCUCCCUCCCGGAGACCAUCAGAUUGUUGCUGUGGCAGCACGGAAACUACAGGUUGCUGAGGCGUUUGCAAAGAAGCACAGCAUCCCUCAAGCCUACGGCAGCUAUGAGGAACUGGCCAGAGAUCCAGAGAUUGAGGUGGUAUAUGUGGGCACCAUCCACCCAUACCACCUGCCAGUUGGCAUGCUCUUCAUGAAGGCCCAGAAGAAUGUGCUGUGUGAGAAGCCUAUGGCCAUGAACCUCAGAGAGGUACAAGAGCUGGUGGCCUCUGCUAAGAUGAACAAAGUCUUUCUGAUGGAGGCAGUGUGGACCCGCUUCUUCCCAGCUUCUCUGGAGAUCGAGCGCCUGCUGUCUCGGGGGGAGGUGGGUGAGGUGAAGAUGGUAAAGGCAGACUUUGGGGUGCCCCUCAUGCACGUGCCCAGAGCGGUGGAGAAGGAGCUGGGAGGGGGGGCGCUGCUGGACAUCGGCAUCUACUGCCUGCAGUUUAUAUGCAUGGUGUACAAUGGAGACAAGCCUGAGUGCAUCCAAGCCACCGGUGUCUGUCUGGAAACAGGUGUGGAUGAAGGCAUGGUGGUCACCCUGAGGUUCUCCAGGAACAGAAUGGCAGUGUUCACCUGCUCUAUUGCUGUGGAGCUUCCCAACGACGCUGUUAUCAUUGGCACCAAGGGAACCAUGAGGGUUCCUGAGCACAUGUGGUGUCCUACCUCCCUAGUGGUGAAUGGGAAGGAGAUUCAAUACACUCUGCCUGAGCCCUACCUGCCCCUCAACUUCAUCAACAGCACUGGGAUGCGCUAUGAGGCAGAGGAGGUGCGCCAGUGCCUGCUCAAAGGCCUGAAGGAGAGCCCCAGGAUGUCCCAGGCAGACUCUCUGCUCCUGGCUGAGGUGAUGGAUGAGGCACGCAGGCAGGUGGGAGUGGUUUACAGCCAGGACCGCCAGUGACCAACAGACCUUUGUUUAAUAAAAUGAUCCACUAAAUGGUCUUUGUCAUCAAAACACUUAAUUGACUUUCCCUAAUAUCAUAGAGUCUAUGGAAUCCUUUAAGACCACGUUAAGAAAAUGAACUGAGGCACAUUUGGAGUAUAAAUUCUAUGUAAUGUCAACAGUCAGUGGUGAGUAGCUCCAAGCCAGUCUGAGAUGGCACGUACACAAAUCUUGUGAACCCAGUUAAGAGUACUGUUAUACAAACAUGACAGGAACAAGACAGGUGCUCAUCUCUUUUAAUGAUUGAAAUCCAGUAGUAAAGGACAACUCAUUACACCAGUUAACAUUGUGUUACACCCUACCCUCACAAUCGAAGAAGCAGUUGGACAUUUAGACACAGACACACUAGGUCACCGACAGACAGGAGCAAGAGGAAAGAGGUUGAAGGGGAGGGGGGGGGGGUCCAACUCAUUUCUUAUUCCCCCCCCCACACAGUGCCCUCUGAAAAACCCUCAAAGUACUGAAUUCAUACA